AUGAUCAGGAGAGAGUCAGGAUGGGGUAGAAACGUUCUUGAUGUCAGCAAUACUAGUGCUUUCACCCAAACUAUUUCGGAAAGAUAUUUCCAAGAAAUCAUUAAAAAAUACAAGAAAACUUGUAAGAUGUUAUCGUUACAUACAAUGCAAUCAAAUAUGUCAGAAUCAGAAUAUCUUACACACGUCUUGGGUCCAAGAUUCUUACCGUUAGAUGUCAUUAUUCCUUUAACAACAAUUUACGCAAUAAUAUUUUUUUUGGGUAUUAUCGGAAAUCUAGCUACUUGUUUAGUUAUCAUUAAAAACUCAUUUCUACAGAGUGUCACAAAUUUUUAUUUAUUCAGUUUAGCAAUAUCUGACGUUACACUCCUAUUGUUAGGACUACCAAAUGAGUUAAGUGUAUUUUGGCAACAAUAUCCCUGGGUUCUUGGACUUGGACUAUGUAAAUUUAGAGCAUACUUAUCUGAAAUGUAA